CAUUAAGAGAGAUGAGUGAACCUCCCCCCUGAAUGAUGAGGUCCUGCUGAAACACUCUCAGCCUCAGUGAGUCACAGCUGACUAGAAACCAUUUCAUAAAUCCAGUCUCCACCCGAGAGAGAGGAGGUUCACUGAGGAGUAGCGUGCAGGAAAACAAGAUACCGUGCAACAGACUCAUUUGACUCGUCCUGAAGCCUUGUGCAUUGUGCAAAGACCAGUUGCGUAAGUGAAACUGAUAACCAAACAAGGAGGCAACAGAUCCGCUCUGGGAUCCGGUCUAGACUCGAGGGAAGAAAAAAGAAAGCAAGAAGAAGGAAAGGUUGAGAUUUCAGCUCGUCUGGAGUUUUGAAAAGGAAAGAAAAUGUCUAAACCUGAUUACUCUGGCACGUUUCAUAUGGUGGAGCAGGAUAACAUGGAGGCAUACCUCGCAGCUUUAGAUAUUAAUUUUGCCCUGAGGAAGAUUGUGUGUCUGCUGAAGCCCACCAAAGAGAUCACCCAUGACCCGGCCACGGGGGCUAUGAAGAUACGCACUCUCACCACCUUCAAGAACUUCAACAUGGACUUCAAUAUAGGACAGGAGUUCACUGAAGACCUGGGCCCAGUGGACGGGCGUACCUGUCAGACUACAGUGAGCUGGGAAGGAGACAACCUGCUUUGUGUACAGCGAGGCGAGAAGGAGGGACGAGGCUGGACACACUGGCUGGAGGGUAACAAGCUGCAUUUGGAGAUGAGGGUCGAAGGCGUCGUUGCCAAGCAAGUCUUCAAGAAGGCUGAGUGACGUAACGGCAAAUAUGUUUUAGUGAAUUUAUUCUUAAUAGAAUAUAGUCAAGGACUUGGUACAAGAUUUGAAUCAUGUUUAUAGUUUUUUUUUUUAAUUAUAAUCAACAUUAUUUUUGACAUAUCACACUAAGACUGAAUAUCUGUGAAAACACUUGAUAUGUACGUGGUACAUCUUAUCUGAUGGUAUUAACUGAGAAGAGAGCAGCGGAGCAGAAUGACUUGUGUAGACGUUCCCAACAUACUUCCUCAUAUUGCACUAUAUCUAUCUUCACAAUGUUAUAAACAAAUCAUACAUC